UUGUGAGAGCCCCUGGAGGCCGAAGAUAGCGAAGAGCCCUCCGUCGUGGUAUUUUCAUGGCCCGAGGGUUUCUGGGUACGCCUCCAGUGCAGGUGCAAGUUCUGUCGCACCGUGGCCACCCCAGGUGCAGCUUCUCGGAUGCCCCCGCCAGGCCGCCCAAAGACUGCGGGCGGGCUGUCGGGAGGAGGGAGGCGGGCGAGCCUGCACGGAGCAUGCUGUGGCUGGCACUGCUGAGCGUGUGCGGCCAUGUGUUCAACGGGGCCCAAGGGACGGGGGCCAGACAGGGCGCGGGAUCUUGCGGGAACCUGCAGGGCCAGGGCUGCACUGACCCCGGCCAGCGCGCAGGGUCCCGCAGGACACUGCAGGAUCUUGCAGCAGGUCUGGCUGACCCAGGUUGGCGUUGACCCUGGUCAGUACGUCCCCGAUGUUCGUAGGGCGGGCAGUGGCCCAUCGACGAUCGACGCGUGCAGGGGAGCGGGCACUUGUCCGGCGUGUGCGGGGGUAUGUGCACGGAGCUGUUCACAGGGGGUCCCUUUCGGAUAUCCCCCGGUGGUUGAUGUUGUGGAUGUGCGGGCAUGUGCGGAGAUGCGGGCUUGCUGUCCUUC